AUGCAUACGGUCUGAGGGCCUACCGCGAACCACGUUCGACGUAUUGCCUCAGAUACGGUCCCCGCCCGUAGGUACUAUUUCCUAAGAGAACCAAUCGCAAUAAUAUAAUGUUCUGAUUUAGACAUCGUAGUAGAGUUGUAAUUGCUGCUUUAAAUCUGAAUUUGUUUUAAAUUUAUUAUAACUUUAUAAUUUAGGGGACUAAAUACUUAAAGUUUUGAAACCUCCAAAUAGAGUUUCACAACCUACAUUAUUCACGAUAAUCAAUACAAAGAGACCGAAAGUAGCGGGUGGUAGUGGUACUGGUACACUGGUAGGUAUACCUACGUCUAUAAAAAAAUUACCCGGUCGAUUUUUAACAUUAUAAAUAAUCAUUCAUGAUUAUCAAUCGAUUGACAGAAAAAUACUUUGAUGUAUCAUAUCAUAUCGUAACGUAAGAUAAAACACAGUAAGAUUAUAGCCGAGAUUGAAGUAAGGUAUUGUGGGUAAUUACUUAGUUCGAUUUUUAAAUACGUUGCAAUACUUGCAAUUCAUUCAGUGUUAUAAUGAGGAACUGGCUUCUUUAUAACUUGGUGAUCAUUGCCUUAUUUAUAACGGAUUCGCAAGGGUCGACGCUGCGAAUAAUUGGAGGAGAUGAAGCCCCUGCCAAGUUCGGAUAUUUCCACGCUUCAUUACAAAACUUAACCGGACACCAUGUUUGUGGAGGCGCCGUGGUAUCCGACCGACACGUCGUAACAGCGGCACAUUGUGUUCAAGGUGCUGAACCACAAUACAUUAAAGCCGUAGUGGGGACGACGAACCUGGAUGAGGGAUGCAAUUCAUACGAUCUUGAAUCUAUACGCAUCUUCAAUGAUUUUAAUUAUAGCAACAGGACUAAUGACUUAGCAAUUAUUAAAUUGGCUAAGCCCUUUAAUUUAAAUGAGGUUGAAAUUAUAGAGAUAGAUCAAAUGAACUUAAACGAAAACGAUGAAGUCACUUUAACUGGCUUUGGCGCUCAAGAGGUCAAUGGUGUAUCAAGUCGUUUAAUGCACGUCUUAGAACUGACUGUGUUCAGUCAAGAAACAUGUCAGUAUGCUAUGCGCUAUACUCGAGCAGUCGAUGAAAAUAUGUUUUGUACAUUUACUAAAAUCGGCGAAGGAACCUGCCAUGGCGACUCUGGUGGACCGUUAGUAAAGGAUAAAAAACUUGUCGGUCUUGUUUCAUGGGGAAUCCCCUGUGCCGUAGGGUUUCCCGAUGUACACACACGAAUUGCGCCUUUCUUUGAUUGGAUUCAGGAACAGAUAAAACAGUUAUGAUUAAAAAAUAUAUAAUUGUUAUGUGUGAAAGGCGGAGUAUCAGUAUUUGACCGUGUGGAGAAUAUACUACUUACUACGUCAGUGAGAUUAUUGAAAUUCAUUAAAUACCGAAAUAAAAAAUACUGAAACUCAAGCUUUUAGCUACACCUACUUACCUAACUACAUGGCAUAUCAUAGGUACUAUUCAAUUCAUACUAUUGCUUACUUACACUUUCUAAUACAUGUUACAUAAUGAACAAGACUGUAAAGUUGUGGAUUACGAAUAUUUAUUUUCGACACAA